AUGGGAUAUCAAAGAGACCUAGAAACACCUUAUAAUCUGUAUAUUUCUACUUUUUCCAGGACCGUACGUAUGGAAUUGUACACAUUAAACAAGUCUCACGUAUUCUUCUAUUUAAUUUUGUUUUCAACAAUCAUGAUCCCUGCUGUCUUGAUUAGUGCACUUGGACCGCCAGUUCUCUGUCGAAAUACUCAUUACGCUACCGACAAUCUUCCACCUGGACGUAAUCUUCUCAAUGGCUUCUUUAAAAUUUCUUCAGAUCCAGUUUUGCUUUUACAAAAGGAGAUCUGGUUUUCUGCAGUUAUUCAUCGUGAAAAUUCAGAUAGAUUAGUAUCAAUUCCCCUGACUGUAAAUAUUUCGGUCUUAUGUCGAACUUAUCCUGAAAACAUUAAAGACAGCGAUGAGUCUAAACCAGAUGCCGGCGACAUUAUUGCAAUAGAGAAAUAUCAAAAGAAUAUCACUCUGGUUUGCCAGGAAGGAAAGCCCUGCAAUGAGAUCCAACUUCUUCACAUAGGCCAACUCAACUGUGCAGUGUACACUUUCAAAGUACGAUUUCUUGGUCUACUUGCUGUAAAAGAUGACAGCGACACUCCGAAUGUUCGGAAAAGUCGAGCUAUUCACUCGAGUACUCUCAGAUCUUCACGAAAACCUCGACAAAUGAUUACGCCCCCCGUUAGAGCCGAUGAAUUUUGGGAUAAUUACAAUUAUAAUGGUGCUAGUGACAAACGCGUUGAUGUCGACAACAGCUUUGAAGACGCAAGUUCGAAUUUAAUUGGCAGCCAAAUCGCUGACGCUGAAGAUUCAAUGAGAUUUAAGCAAGUCGAGUCAAGCCUGGAUAACUUUGAAAGGAAGCCCAUUAACGAAGACGGCAAUUACUUAAAGAUCUCUGUUGGCGAUGAGAAUGCCGAUGCUAAAUUUGGACCGGUGAUGGAGGAGGAGAAUAAGGAAACGAAUAAUCCUGUGAUUCCUAACUUUGCUAUCCAGGAGAUUGAGUUUAUAACUCAAACUAGAAAUCCCACCUUCAGUUACUAUGAAAUGUUUUCAAGAGCUGUGUCUUUCAUGGCGGCGUUUUAUCUAUUUGUAAGUUAUUGGCAUGGAAUUAUAUUAUAUUAUAUAUAUAUCUUUUUGGUAAGGUGA